UUUGUUUGUUUCGCCGCGGAUGGGUUGAUUGUUUUGUAGAACCGGACGUUGACGUCAAUAAUAAAUAUUGUUAUUGGAAUACCGCUGGUGGCACUUAAAGAAUAGGGUCGACGCGUUUUGUUGCGCAGUGUGGCGGGGCAAUUGUUUUGAAUUUCCUGGAGUGUCCGUGGACGCGUUUUUUCGAGUCUUGCUUCCGGGGCAUGUUCCCGUGUAAAAUCGGCCGGUUGCUAUUUGGUUUUUGCCGUUUGCGUUUCUAAUUAGCGGACUAUUAGCCGAUUCAUCGUCUCACCGGACCUACUUUAUCAGCGAUAUAAACAUUUGCAUUAAUAAACGAUAAGAGAUAAAGUCAGAUAACGGAAUAAUUCGAGGGAAGGUACUCCUUUUCCACGAUCAUAAUAUUUUGAUAUAAUUGUGUCUAAAAGUGUCAAUAUGAAUUUUUUCGACAACUGUCGUCGAGACAUGACCAGAUACACCAACGCGGACUUUGCCGAUGAUGACAGUGUUAACAGCGUCACCCUAAACGAAAGAAUCAGUACAAGUGCAACCCACAUAAGGUACCAUGCGGGUAGCACCAUGUGGAAGCCCAGAUCCCCUCUAGAGAAAGCGUUACUUCUGUUGGUAGCUGUUUUAUUAUUCGUGAUAUUCACGUUGGCUGCUAUACUGCAUAUAGCAGAGCACAAACUCCAAGAUGCGAAGGUUAUCCAAGUGGAGACGGAUUUCUCUAAGCCUUGCCUCAACGCGAGCUGCGUGCAUAUAGCCAGUAACAUCCUGGAGGCCAUGGACUCCUCCUUCGAUCCUUGCGAAGACUUCUACUCCUAUUCCUGUAAUGGUUGGGUGAAAGCAAACCCUAUACCUGAUGGUAAAAGCACCUGGGGCACCUUCCAGAAGUUAGAACAGCAGAACCAACUGGUGAUCAAGCACGUUUUAGAGCAACCAAUGGAAACGUUGAAGUCCAAGGCCGAGCAGAAGGCUAAGAUGUACUACGAGUCUUGCUUGGACACUAACGACACCGUAGAGACUCUCGGAAAUAAACCGAUGCUGGAUCUGUUGAGGAGGAUCGGUGGUUGGAACGUCACGGACAGCGGUUUUAACAUACUCACUUGGACUCUGCAGAAUAUCACCCAGACUGUACAAAACAAGUAUAACAUUGGUGCCCUUUUCUCUUACGCCGUCAACGAAGACGACAGAAACUCCUCCCGUCACAUAUUGCAGAUAGACCAGAGCGGUCUUACUUUACCGACCAGAGAAAAUUAUUUGAAUAAAACCGAACAGCAUGAGAAGGUGCUGAAGGCUUACUUGGAGUACAUGACAAAGGUCGGGGUUCUGUUGAACGGUGAGGAGAACUCUACCAGAGCCCAAAUGAAGGCUGUGAUAGAAUUCGAGACUAAGCUGGCCAAUAUCACGACACCCAGCGAGUUGAGGAGGGACGAGGAGUCCAUUUACAACCUGAUGACUAUAGCCGAGUUGCAAGAUAGGGCACCAUUUAUAGACUGGCGCAAGUUCUUCGAAGACGCCAUGAGGAUAGUUAACAAAAAAAUCACAAGCAAGGAACAGAUUGUGGUUUACGCCCCUGAAUACCUCGGAAACCUAACCGAGCUAAUCAAGGAAUACAACAGCACCUCUGAGGGCAAAAUAGUUCUAAACAAUUACAUGGUAUGGCAAACCGUAAGGGUAUUCGCCAUGUGUCUGUCCAAAGACUUCAGGGAUGCCUACAAGGGCUUAAGAACGGCCUUGAUGGGCUCGGAGGGGGGAGAAGAACCGCAGUGGAGGUACUGCAUUCAAGACACUAACACGGUGCUCGGUUUUGCUAUCGGCGCCAUCUUUGUCCGUGAGGUCUUCCAUCAGGAUUCCAAGAUCCAGGCUGAGGUGAUGAUCAACAACGUGAGGAACGCUUUCAAGAAAAAUUUCAGUAACUUGAAGUGGAUGGACGAAGAGACCAGGAAGGUUGCCAUUGCCAAGGCUGAUGCUAUAUCGGACAUGAUUGGGUACCCGGAAUUCAUCAAGGACAUGAACCAACUGGACGAGCGGUUCGAGAACCUCUCUGUACGGAAUGACACCUAUUUCGACAACAACAUAAACAUAAACUACUUCAACCUGAAGAAAAUGUUGGAAAAGAUAAACGAACCCGUCAAUAAAACGACUUGGAGCAUGGCGCCUUCCACGGUGAACGCCUACUACACGCCGACCAAGAACCAGAUGGUGUUCCCGGCGGGUAUCCUGCAAAACCCUUUCUAUGAUCCCAAUUUCCCCCCCAGUCUGAAUUACGGUGGCAUGGGGGUCGUGAUGGGACACGAGCUGACCCACGGGUUCGACGACCAAGGCAGGCAGUUCGACAAGUACGGCAACCUGAACCACUGGUGGAAGAACAAGACCAUCGACAAGUUCAAACAGAGGACCAAGUGCGUCGUGGAUCAAUAUAAUAAGUACAAAAUCAAUGGGAAAAACAUUAACGGGAACCAAACACUGGGUGAAAACAUUGCCGACAACGGUGGACUAAAAGCAGCCUACCACGCCUACCUAGAAUUGACCAAAAGCCAAUCAGAACCUCCAGCACUGCCCGGAAUCAAGCUCAGUCACCGCCAGCUAUUUUUUGUCGCUUUUGCACAGGUGUGGUGUUCGGCAGUGACGAAAGAGGCCACGAACCUUCAGAUAGAAAAGGACUCCCACUCUCCAGCCCAAUACCGUGUUAUUGGGGCCCUGAGCAAUCUCAAGGAGUUCUCGCAGGAAUUCAAGUGCAAAGCGGGCUCGAAAAUGAACCCAAGGAACAAGUGCGAGGUCUGGUAAGAGAGCCGGCCGACACACUGAGCUUAGUUUCUUAAUGUAUUUAAGUGACAGUCUGUUAAGUAAAGAGAUGUUACCAUCAAAGUGUGUGAUAUCUCUGUUUAAAUUGAUGUAUCUUUAAUUAUUGUUGUUGCAGCUUUGUUAAUACUUUUAUUCGGGAAUUGGAAACAUGAGUUUUACUUUUGCCAUGUUUUUUCGUUUGGUGUUUGACUCUGAUAACAAAAUUUUAUUAUUACAAUAUUUUUUAGUCUAGGGCCUGUACUGAAGGCUGCAUUUCGUUUUCAUACUAGGUGACCUCCGAUACAGGACGAAGCAUAGAAACAUAUUUGGUUACAAAAAAUAUUUUUGUUUACAUUUUUGUUUUUUGUUAACUAACAUUCUUCGAAGGCCACUUGUACACCAAGACAUGUUUGGAAAGCCAUUCAUUCAAGUCGUCAUUUUAAAAAGUGCGCCCCUAAAUUAUGUCGUGCGUACAAUUCGUUUUUACUGUUAACUACUACUAGAAAAUUGACCAAAAUUUUAAUAGUAGGUAAUUUUCGGGCCUAAUCUAAGUGUCCAUAGGAUUUGAACAGGACGUGUGCUAAAUACUUACAUACAGCCUAUUAAAAAUUGAAUAUGAAGUUCUUUUAUAAAGAAUCGAUUACCUGUGGCUUAUUUGUAAUAUUUACAUCAAUUGUAAUAUCACUAUGGUACUGGAAACGAGUACUUUGUACGUGUUAUAAUAUAUACAUAUAUAUCGCAAGGCGUUUGGGUCCUAACAGAAUCAACCCGACCGCCUUGGAUUUUUUUUUAUAGAUUAAGGGUGGUUUAUUUUAUAUUAGCGUGUACCUGAUUUCUUCCUAAAGUAGUUAUUUUUAAUUUAAAGUCAUUACAGCUAAAAUUAACCCAUUUUUUAUGUAUUUUGUCGGUUGUACGUAUUUUGUCAGUGUUUAAAAAAAAUAACUAUUUUUCUAGAAUAUUUAAAAUAAUUUGAGUAUUAUUUCAUGUCAUUUAAGACGAAAUCAUACUGUAACCAGUUUUUUACAUAAAUCACCAAUUUGAAGUUGUUCGGGGUCAUGGCGUGUGUCUACUGAAAGGGUUGUAGAUUUAACCUAAAAACAAGUCACGGCCCCGAUGAUGGCUUUUUAUAUAAAUGAUUUAGAUUAUAGUAUUGCUAUAUCCCAGUUACUCCCCCAUAGGUUUACAUUUGGAACCUCCAUAUCAGUCUAUUCAUAUUUAUGUGACUAUUUGUAACCCCUGGGUUCAGAACAGAACGUUUUGUGUACACUGUGUAUAUUUUUUACUGUGAUAAAGAAGUAAAUGUAAAUAUUUAGAUUAA